AUGCGUCCCGCGAGCACACGUACGGCGCGCCGGGGUGGGGCGCGCCGCCGAGCGGCCGGGGAUGGGCGCGGGGCGGCGGCGGGCGGCGGCGGCGGCGGUGGAGGCAGCGGCGGCGCGGCGGCGGCGGCGGCAGCGGCGGAGGCCGGGUGGGGGCCCGCCGGCCGUGGAGAGGGGGACCCCACGCUCUCGCCGCCGCCACACCGCCGCCCCCAUCGCCGCGCCGCGCCGCGCCACCGCCGCCGUCGCCGCGCUCAGACGAGCGCUCGCUAUGCGCAUCGCGUCCUGGUGAGAAGUCCGCAGCCGUCAGAGAACGCCGGCGAAGCAGAAGCAGCAGCAGCAGCCGUUAGUCAUAGCAGCAGCCCCGCCGGCGGCAGCAGCCCGAGCCGAAGAAGGCGCAGCAGACGCGGCCGCAAUCGCAGAGCAGCAGCAGCAGCGCGAGCCCUGAGCAGCGCCGCGCGCCCGCACGAGGCCCGCGGCCCAGCUCUGGCGGCCGAUCUAGCGGCGAGGGAGGAAGAAGAAGGCGGAGGCGAAGGAGGAGGCGAGGGCGAGGAGUUUCGCAGCACCACUACGACGCCGAGGCCGCGGGGGGCCGCGCAGGCACCGCCAAAACGCGGCAGAAGGCGAAGCACGUGA